AUUAGAAAGAGGGCCAGAUGUUACAGGUUUAUAAAACGGUUAGUUUCAGUCCCCCAUUCUGGUUGGUCAACAGCUGUGCUUUAUUCACGAUGCGACAGCUAUGACCACACCCUUAAUAACAUUAACUAAUCGUUCCAUUGCUGUUCACAGUCAAUUAGGGACGAGAGGCUUCAACUGAUUUUACUUCAAUUAAGUUUUAUUGAUAUAUAUUUUUUGGCUUUAAUAUUUGUGUUGUGUGGUAAUCGUUUUAUAAAAGUAAUAAGGUACUUGAGGCUAGUGCUGUUUCAUGGAUAAAUCACAUCUGAAGGGGAUGCAUGGAACUGUACCGACGCCCUUCAGCUGUGAUUUAUUCAUGAUAAACCCAAUGCUUACUUUAACCUAUUUAAACAUAUAAUUUGAACUUGUUAAAUCAUUCAGACAUUUGUUACAGAAUCACCACAAUAGAUUUAACGCUUCACUGUUCGAAAAUAAAAAUGUCACUGAAGUACCACAAUAGAAACAAAUGACAGAGGAUUAGAGUGAUUAGCCUUUAUUUUGACAUGUUAUCAGAAAUGAAGCCUGAAGAAUGUGAAGAUAUAAAAUUACAGUUUUCAGUGGGACAGAGUAUUUUGCUCUGGAGUCUGAGCCUCAUUCAGUAUUUAUGGGUCACGGCGGGGGUCUCAUCCAUCUUCCGACCCCUGAGUCAGCGGUUCUUCGGAAUGGACAAGCAAACGUGAUUACAGUGAAAAGUAAAGGGCAGACUGGAAAUAUUCCAACAUUACUCUAAACAAAUCCAAUUAACAUGAAAUAAAGGUUUGGUUAGUGUGAUUGGAAGAUGUCCACACAUAGUUUCUCCUUCUUAUGUUCCUCAAGUGAUUUGAUCAUUUUGAGAUUAUUUUGGAUUCAAUCAAAUGUAAUUUGCAGUAAAUUUCAGCAGUGCCCCUCAUGCUCUUUACAUAUCAGAGUAUGGGUCUUUGAAAAGCCUGUAUCGUUCAACCACUAAUAGAAACACCAGCAUUACAUUCCCCUGAGAAUCCGCCCGUCACUGUGUGAUGUGUGUGAUCCUCGGCAGAAUCAAUGAGAGGUGGACGAGUGAAUGGGAGAGAGAGAGAGACUGUCUGCAUUCAGCUCUCUCAUUCGCUGCUGUUCCUCCUAAUUGGAUCAAGUGCAGACUUGUCCGGCUCUGCGCAUUGUGUUGAGCGUGUGAGAGGAGAGCGAUACCAGACAGAUGAGCGAGAGAGAGAGAGAGAGAGAGAGGAAGGGUGUGUGUGUGUAAUCUUCACUCACAUCUCUAUUCGUCCCGCAUGAGAGUCUUAAGCCACGGGCUUUCACUCUGUUCAGAGGUGCCAGCGCUUUGAUCGGAUCCGCACCUACCACUUCCGGAUGAUUCAGCCGUUUUCAGUGGCGGCUGGCGGCUGCACAACAGCAUGAAUGCGCCCCCCUCCUCUGCCCUCAGGUGAGUGCUGCACCCUCUCCGGACCUCUCUGCCUCGCUCUGAUGUGGGAUCCACCCUCGGGCUACUGCACGCGUCUGCCUCUGGAGCACAUGCUUUAUUUAUAGACUUUCCUAGGGUGUUGUUCCGCUGCUCUGCCUGAGAGGGUGAGAACAGACCUGGAGGGCUGAAAUAAGAGCCAAGGAAGUACUUUCUCUUUAGUAACAAGGUUACUCAUCUGAGCGUCGUGUCCGCCGCAGCCCCUUCCCCCUCGCUGGCCAUCUGACAAUAGAAAGAACACUUCAUGAGGCAGCAUGCUUAACGCCGCUGUGCUAGAAAGACAUCUGGACUGCUGCAUUUGAGAGCCGGAACGAGAGAGGGAUGAAGUCGGAGGCUACAGAGGACAUCUCGGCUGGACUUCCUUCUCAAGAGGCUCUUUCAGAGGUCCUGUCAGAGGUCGCAAAAGAGCCCACCCAAGGUGAGGAGGAGGAUGUGGCGGGGGACGGCGACAGCUCUGAGCGUGGCCCUCUGGGAUGCUUGCCUGGGGCCGCAUGCUGCGUGUGCCUAGAGCUGGAGCAGGUGCGUAACUGCGUUCGGUCGGAAAAAAUCUGCAUCCUGCCCAUACUGGCCUGCUUGCUGAGUCUGGCCCUCUGCACAGCUGGACUCAAGUGGGUCUUCGUGGAUAAGAUCUUUGAAUACGAGCCACCGAGCCACCUCGAUCUCAAGCGCAUAGGACAGGACCCUAAUUUAAAUUCAGUCUCGCCCCCCACCUUCAACUCUACCGCGACGACUGCAAACGUCCCAGGACAGCCAAAGGUCUUUGUGGAGGGGGAGUCCACAGGCGGUCCGUUCGAGCCCCCCUCCUUUAAGGUGCCUGUCUUCACAUCCACUGCAGCAGUGACUUUUCACACAGAUUCUGCAUCUCCAACCAGCCCCAAGAGCACCUUCAGACCGCCUCGGAAUGACACCCCAAACCAAUAUCCAUCCCAAACUCUGGAGUCUAACGAUAUCCUUCCCAGAACCUCGCCCACCAGCACCACACCGUCAGCUAAGACUUCCAGCCACGUAACGCCCUGCAGCGAGAGCGAGAGAAACUACUGCGUGAACGGAGGAAAAUGCUUCACGCUGGAGGUCACGCCGGGAAAAAUCCACCGCUUGUGCAGGUGCCCCAAUGAGUUUACUGGUGACCGCUGCCAAAACUACGUAAUGGCCAGUUUCUACAAACAUCUUGGGAUUGAAUUUAUGGAAGCUGAGGAGCUCUAUCAGAAACGUGUUUUGACAAUAACAGGCAUCUGCAUCGCUCUCCUAGUAGUUGGCAUCAUGUGUGUGGUGGCUUACUGCAAAACAAAGAAACAGAGGAAAAAGCUGCAGGAUCGCUUACGGCAGAGUUUACGAGAACGCAACACUGUGGCCAAAAGUCCUCCUCAUCCUCCACCUGAAAACCUCCAGCUGGUCAAUCAUUGCGUGUCAAACACAUGGCAUGGACAUGUGACCGAGAAAGAAGCAGAAACCUCUCUCUCCACAAGUGACUUCACAACACACCCGUCCACCGCCGUCAUCAACCUCUCCAGCCCGUGUUGGAGUGAUGGACGAACAGACAGUGUGGAUUCUGAUAGUCAUGGGGUGGCGGUGAAGUCAUCGGUGGAGAAGUGUUGUCAUCAUGUAACGCCGACUCAAAGAGGCCGUCUGAACGGAGGAUCAUCACAUCAGAUGAACCUCAACACCUCCAGCAGAGACAGCGGCCGGUACGUCUCAGCGGCCACGACUCCCAUCCGUCUGUCACCGGUGGGGCUUCUGUCUCCGGUGACGCCUUCCUCUCCACCUUCAGAGAUGUCGGCUCCUCUCUCCAGCCUUGCACUCUCCAUCCCUUCCAUGGCGACCAGUCCAUCUGGAGAGGAAGACCGCCCCCUGCUUUUCCGGACGCCUCCGAUCCUGCGCGACAAAUCCGGUUCCAACCCGGUGCAGCGGUCAGGCCACAAUCUCCGUAACUCGGCCCACUACAAUCACGGCCUGGAGCUCCUGAGCCCUCCGGUCAGCCCGCUGCACAUAGACGAGAACGGCGGAGAGAAAGUGAGUUCACAUCAGCCCUCCCCCCCGCACAGCCCCUCUGACCAUGCUCAAAGAACUCAGCAGACGGCCGAAGUGUCGCCGGCGAGCCCCAGUAACUCGGAGAGCAGCGGCUCAGAGAGCGAGGACGAGGACACGCCGUUUCUGGGCUCAGAGGACCCGCUGGGUGGCAUCUGUGCCGGGUCUGUGGAGGGCAGCAGAACUAACCCUGCAUUACACCUGUCGGCACAGGAACAUCUGCAGAACAGACUCCCCAACAUCAUAGUCAACCAAGAUCCUAUAGCCGUGUGAAAGAAACUCGACAGAUCACCACCAAACCUUUAUUUUCUAUAAUUAGGAGAAAUAAUUUUAUUUUAGCGAAACAAAGACUUUUAUAAACUCAAUGUAUAAACAAAUGUCUUUAUGUUAUGAUGUGGAUAUUAUUAUUAUUACUAUUAUUAUUAUUAAAAGUGCCAUUCACGUGUAGCUGAGGUCACAGUAUUUCAUUAGCAGAAAAAUAUAAUCGACGGUGCCUUUUCAUUUACAUUGGGACAAAAGACUGCAUUAUGCCCCUGGGCCGUAUAUUCAUCACAAAAUAAACGCGUGUGUGAAAAAAAAACAAGUCCACCAGCACUCGGAUUCAAUAGAACAACAUGGUCACUUUGGAAAAAUGAAAAACCUUUCUUUUGAUUUGAAACGCUCCUACAUUUAUUCAUGCAUUGUGGCUGAAAAUGUGCCAGUUUUUCUGACUGACUUCAAAAGUAAAAACAUGAUGCCACUGUCGAUGAAAAGAAACUAUUCACAAGAUCUAAAACAUGUACGAUCAGAUACAAACUUUCUUCAGUUUUAGAUGACACGUUAGAUUAGACUUAAUAUAAUAGCUCGCUGUCUCCAUCACAUUUGAUCAUUUCAACACAAAAUGUUAUUGUCAGAAUCUUUUGAACAUUUGCUUUUCAUGUAGACUGUUACAUUAUAUUCAAAGUGUUUGCGUCCGGUAUUUGACAUGAUUUCAGCUGUACACAAAUAACAACAACAACACAUAACCUGAAGCAAUUAAAAGAAAAAAGAUUGUAUUUAUUUUCUUUCUUUAUUUAUUUGUUAUUUAUUUAUUUAUUAUCUGAUCUUGGCCUUGUAACGUAAUCUUGCAUUUUUUUAUCUCUCUAAUAAUAACAAUGACAGUCCAUGAUAUUUUAGUGUUUUCUUCAUAAUAUUUCUGUGUUGUUUUGAUAUUUAGCCGUAGGCUGUGUUAUUCUGUCAUUUAAAACAAUAAAUGUUAACGGUGAAGACUAUCAAAGCACCUCACUGUACAUAUAAAGCGAGCUGAUGUGUUUCAUGUAAAUAUGUUGUGUUCGAGUUUUGAAUGAUAACCGAUGACCAUCAUACUUUUGUUUCUUUGUUUAAAUAAGUCUUUGCAGAUGGAGGUGUUAGAUGUGCGUUCUGUAAAACCAUCGAUGUUGAAGUCUAGCGGGUUUGGGCUUAUGGUUUGACCACCACAGAUACUGUCAUUACAUGAACAAGCAUGAGGACAAACACAGGCAUGCUUGUCCAUCAUCAGGACCACAACCUUACAGACAAAAAGAAAAAUAAUAAUGCUGCUCUUGUGUGAAAAAAAACAACAACAACUAUAAAAAGUCUGGAGGAUAUGUGUGAUAGCUUUA